ACGCGCUACCGGAGUUUCGACGAAAAAGAGCGACCGCAGGAAAUCGCCAUGUGUGAGUCAGCUGCUUCGGUGAAGAAGAGGCAGAAGCACGGCAUGCCCUUCGGCACAAGCAGUGUGGUCUCCCCCAUCUGCCGAGUGAUGCACUUCUUGUCGAUCGAACUCAAAGAGAACCCAUUCAAACCGGCAAAAGCGAGUGACAGGCACAAGACUCUACUUGGCGCGAACACACGGAUUGGAAGGAUACCAAUCGCGGUCAUCGAUAAGAACGUGGAAGACAGACUGCUGUGGCAGAAGAAGUUUGGUCUCCUGCUAGGACAUCGUGCGAGCCUCAAAGGUGGACUCUUGCCGAAGCCAACAUUGUCGUUGCCAGUUGCAGUGGAGAACGAGAAUUCGCCAGGUACUCAAAUUUACACUCACUGGGUUGUUGAUUGAAUCAUGUAGUUUUUCUUCAAUGUGUGCAGCAAAGCAGCAAAAUCAUUUACGUGAAACAACUCCCAUGUUGAUAGACGCAUGCCUGGGUCUGGAAAAAUGGUUUUCUCUGAAAAGGCAAUAAAUCCCAGCGCACAAUUAAUGUUCAAACCGCUGCCACCACGAAACAGGUUGCGUCUCCCAAGACGGUCGCGCGAAAAAGGAGGACGUCAAGGUCUGCAUUCCAGGUGAUGAGGUUUUUGUGCGUCGCAAUCCACUGAGCAGCAGUCAGUUCGCUGAGGGCAACGAAGUUGCUCAUCGCAAGGGUAAGAUCGCGGAAGAGCGCAAAAGGGCGAUUGAGGCCUAUGAACGCGAGGAAGAAGAAAGAAGAAAAAUCGUCGCGCAAAAAAUGGCACCACCAAAGGGGCGGAAGGUGUCUGCGGCAGAGAUGGACGAAGAAGUGUAG